CUACAUUCGCCCGCACCUGAUAUUACCUUAAACCCCUUUUCUUCCUCCUUCUAGAUCCCCUAUUUCACUGGAAACCCUAGUCACUCAAUCUCUCAGAAAAAGCCCUAAUUUCUGUCAAAUCGUCUAGUUUUUCAAUAAUGGCUUUAUUCUCUCGUCUCAGAAUUCACCCUCUUCUAACCAGAAACAGACGCUACUUCUCCACAAUCCUUUCUCCAGGUUCCACCACUCCUCUCUCCUCCAAGGAGAAAACCAGAGCCGCGCUUUCUCUUCUAAAAUCCGAAGCAAACCCAGAAAAGAUCGUUGAGAUCUGCAGGGCAGCUUCUCUAACCCCUGAAUCUCAUUUGGAUCGGAUCGCCUUCUCCGUCGCCAUCUCCCAGCUUUCCAAAUCCAACCAUUUCUCCUACAUCCAGCAGUUUCUCGAUGACCUCCGCUCUUCUCGCGCUGAUCUUCGGUCCUCCGAACGAUUUUCCGGUCACGCCAUCGUCCUUUUUGGCCAGGCCAACAUGAUCAACCACGCUAUCCGCACCUUCGAGGAAUAUCACGCUGAUGUUGUUGGUUCUGGUGCUGGGUCCGUUAAAGCUUUGAACGCUCUGCUUUUCGCUUGUAUUUUGGCUAAGGAUUUUGGGGAGGUGAAGCGGAUUUUUCUCGAGUUCCCUAAGAAGUAUAGCAUUGAGCCGAAUUUGGAGACUUAUAAUACGGUUGUCAAAGCAUUUUGCGAGUCUGGGAGUUCCAGCUCGGGUUUUUCCGUUUUGGCAGAAAUGGAUAGGAAGGGGUUGAAGCCAAAUGCAACUACUUUUGGGAGUUUGCUUGCUGGGUUUUAUAAAGAGGAGAAGUUUGAAGAUGCGGGGAAAGUAUUGGAUAUGAUGAAAAAACAUGGGAUUCGCCAAGGGUUAAGUACUUACAAUAUUAGGAUUCAGAGUUUGUGCAAGAUCAAGAGGUCUGCAGAGGCGAAAGUUUUGCUUGAUGAGAUUUUGUGUAGGAAUAUGAAGCCAAAUUCUGUUACUUAUUGUAAUUUGAUUCAUGGUUUUUGUAACGAAGGAAAUUUAGAGGAAGCAAAGGGACUGUUUAACAGUAUGAUUCGUAGAGGGAUUAAACCAGAUGCUGAUUGUUAUUUCACGUUGGUGCACUACUUGUGUAGAGGUGGGAAUUUCGAUACUGCAUUGAGAAUUUGCAAGGAAAGCAUUGAGAAGGGAUGGGUUCCAAACUUUGGAACUAUGAAGUCGCUGGUGAAUGGGCUUGCUGGUGUUGGGAAGGUUGCAGAGGCAAAGGAGCUUGUUGGACAAAUGAAGGAGAAAUUUUCUAAGAAUGCUAAUCUCUGGGAAGAGGUUGAAGCCAGUUUGUCGCAGUAGGGGAGGAGACAUUUAAACCUGUUAUUGUUUUUAUAAGAUCAUCAAGUUUGAGAUCAGGCUUUGUUGUUUCAUAAAUUAUCAUAUGGUUACCCUAUCAGUUUCCCCAGAAGAAUGCAUUUCAUUUGUGAUCAUCCUGUAUAAAAAUUGUGAAUCAUCAUUUUAAAUAUGACGCAGAUCAACAGGAACAUAAUCAAAGGAUCAACAAAGGCUUGGUUUAGAUUGCAUUGUAUGAUCCAGCACAGUACGCCCCAGCUGUUCUCUAAUUUUGAAACGUUGGUUACAUACACUAGUGUAAUGCUAACAUUGCACAGACCACUUCUGCUUCUUCCAAUAUAUCAGCUUGAUCAUCCAACAUUGUUGAUUGUGAUCACCAGAACAUCAUCAGUUUGUUUCUUUCCUUAGAAAUUAUUAUGCAUUAUGCAGUGGAGAAUGGAGAUCACUCCACAAUCCCAUUGCUUAAUUCUUA